AUGGGCAAACUACCAGUGCUCAAUGUGGUCGACCCGGAGCUAAUCAAACUAAUUCUGGUGAAAGAUUUUCACAUAUUUCCCAAUCGGAGCAAAGUGUGGAAAAAGUGCGACGACUCCAUACGUAACAGCGAUAUGUUUCACAUGGGGUACGACGGGUGGCGACGCGUGCGACCGAUCGUUACGACGGCGUUCACGACCUCUAAGAUACGCAAAACGUACGCAACCAUAAGCGCGUGCGCACAACGAUGCACCGAAUAUUUAGAUAUAUUAACAACCAAUGAGAGCGAUUUAGAUGCCUGGGUGGUUUUUGAAAAAUUGGGACUGGAUGUUAUGGCUACAAGGCAAAAGUCCAAUUUCAACGCCUUUCGUGAAUUCUCGGCUAUAAUUUUGCCGCAGUUUGUGAAACGUUUGUUACAGACAUCGGCCGACACUAAAGCCAUUGAAUAUUUUGUCGAUUUUAUUCGACAUAUCGUUUCCCAGAGACGACAACACAACCAUCAAAAGUCUCAUAACGACUUCACUCAACUACUCAUGGAUGCUAUUCAAGAGGACGACAUUAAUGGGAACGCUGAAAAUACGAGCGAUAAGUCUAAACGGCUUUCAGAAAACGAAAUCAUCGCACAGUCUCUGCAAUUCAUAUUAGCCGGGUAUUCGUCAAUUCAGGAGGUGCUGGCCUACACCUCCUAUCACUUAGCUCUUAAUCCAGGCGCUCAACAGCGUCUAUACGAUGAGAUUAUUGGUGCCAUGGAUUCGUACACCGAAAAUAUUCCUUACGACCGGUUGGCACGACUACCCUAUUUGGAUGCCGUCCUGUCAGAGACAUUGCGCCAACACUUACCGGCCCUACCGUUGGCACGAAUCGCCUCAACUGACUAUAAAUUAGGCGAAACCGGUGUUACCAUCAAAGCGGGACAACAGGUGGAGAUACCGGCCUAUGUUAUACACCAUUCACCGCAGUUUUAUCCGGACCCAUUUAAAUACGACCCUGACAGAUUUAUGCCCCAAAAUAAGAGCAAGUUAGUUCCCUAUACGUAUUUGCCAUUUGGUGCCGGCCCACGCAAUUGUGUUGCCACUAGAUUUGCCUUGCUUAUUGAUAAGGUGUGUAUAGCACAUGUUGUUCGCCGGUUCCGUUUCUACCGGUGCCCUCAAACUGAUGUUCCCAUACAUUAUAAGCGCUUUAUUCACGUUAUGUCACCGAAACGUGUUAUCGUCGGAAUUGAAGCAAGGUUGUGA